AUGAAAACACGUAAACUCAAAAAUGAUGGUACUGAUACAGUGGCCUUGGAAACCACAGAUCCGGCAGGUGUGGGUAAGCUCGCCACACCGGUCGUUAUCACUAGCUUGGAUUAUACGGAUUAUACGCAAACGAACUCGGAAACGGAAAACUUGGACAUUAAUGAUACGGACAUGAAAAAUAACAGACAUUGCUACUUCGCCCCGCUUAGGCUUAGGGGAGGCGGUGAUAACGAAUUGGAUAACACAGAUUCCAACAGCACAAGUGGUGACAUGGGUGCUGGUGGCAGCCAGAAACGGGGUCCUACCUCUCCGGGUGGACUCCCAGCAAAACUGCCCCGUACGUCAGAGACGUCGGAGAUCAAUGAUCUUAUCGGGUUCUUGGAGCAAACCGUCCUCCAAGAAAAGGACAAGAAAAAAUUGGGCGUCAUGGUCGCCGAAAAAAUGUUAACCAAAAUAGCUAGAUUGAGAACGGUCACUCAAUCAUUGGCACACGAAAACUACAGGCUAGUUGGCGAGUUGAAGGGUAAAGACGAUGCCCUAAAUCAGAGUCUCACAGUGUUUAUCGGUAAGCUGGAGGCUAAGAAUGCCGAAACCUGCGGCCUAAGUGCUGAACUGGAGGCGCUUAAGACUACAGCGUCACAAGACCCAUGUACAGCGCAGCAGCCCUCGUACGCCUCUAAGGCGGCAAAGGCCAUACAAAGGGUACCUAGGACGGAAACUGCACCAAAGCUCACAGCUGCACCGCAAACUAAGUCCAGGAAGACGGUAAACAAAGAACAAAUGGCCAAAAGUAGGAAAACUAAGGCAACGUCUCGUUUCCUUAUAGAGAUUCCACAGGAUAUGACCGUCGCAAGUGCGAAAGCCGGGCUAUGGCAGGCGGUUAGGGCGAAAUGUAGUAACCCUAAGGCGAAAACCAUAGUCAGCGGCAAAUCACUGGUAAUAAUUCCAGAUGACGCCAAUACGUUGGAGGUGAUUAGGAGCAUGAACAAUUUUAUAGAAAUAGGCCCGAGGAAACCCCGUGUCAUAAUCUAUGACGUCGACGGAGGCAUAAGCAAAGACGAGCUGACCGAGUGUCUGUUGGCGCAGAACGCGGAGCUCGGGAUAACGGCUGAGGAUAUGGGCAACUCAGUUCCGCUCCAUAAGCUUGGCCCACGAAAUGGAGACGCGGUCCACUGGGUGAUGGAAGUUCCCCCAAGCGUUCUCGCCAAGAUGGAAAAUAAGUUGGUAUAUAUUGGCAUGACAAGAUGCAGGUGCAAACUGCACAGCACACUUCCGCAGUGCUAUAACUGCCAACAGUAUGGGCACACGUCGGCACGUUGUGAGCAAAAGACGCCUUCGUGUAGGAACUGCGCAGGGCCCCACGACUCCCGGACUUGUAAUGAGGACGGGGUGAAGUGCGUGAACUGCAAGGGACCGCACAAGGCGUCAAGCGGUAUAUGUAAAGCCAGAGGUCAGGCUACCCGCAGCCUGCUGAGGCGGACAGAUUUUGGAUCUCCGCAAUGA